AGGCAGCCCCUAUUUACGGCUUUGCCCUCAUUGACCUCCCUCCUAUCCCCUUCCACUCCGCCGCAACCCCUUCCUCAACAUUCUUGCUCGUCGUUUCCUCCGCCUCUCUCUCCUCAGGCAGGCGCUCUCCCUCCCCUCCUGGUCCUGGUGCCGCGACUCUUCUGAACCCUAAACCGCAGAUCCCCGCACGGCAGGAGCGGGAUUUCCUCCAGCAAUCAUGAGUCGCCACCCGAGCACUAAGUGGGCGCAGAGGCUGGACAAGGUUUACUUGACGAUUGAGCUGCCCGACGCAAAGGAUGUGAAGCUCAACCUGAGGCCUGAUGGCCAUUUCAACUUCUCAGCAAAGGCCCCUGCUGAUGACAUGCAGUAUGAGCUUGACCUUGAGCUCUUUGAUGCUGUCAGUGUUGAGGAGAGCCAAGCGGCUGUUGCCCCGAGGACUAUAUGCUACCUUGUCAAGAAAGCUGAGGGCAAGUGGUGGCCUAGGCUGCUCAAGAAGGAAGGUAGGCCACCUGUGUUCCUGAAGGUUGACUGGGAUAAAUGGCAAGAUGAGGAUGAUGAAGAUGCCGGAUUUGGUGACUUUGGUGAUAUGGACUUCUCGAAGCUGGACAUGGGAGGUGGUGAUGACGACGAUGAUGAUGAGAUUGAGGAGGAGGAGGAUGAAGACAAUGUGGUUGACAGUGCUAACAAAGGUGAUGUAGAUGCUGAGGCAGAGCCGGGGAGCAAAGGAGGGGUGGCGUUGCUGUAAAUGCAGCUGAUGAUCAUGGGAUCUGUUUCUAGUGGCGAGGUAGAAUUUUGGUGUGCGCCUGAAUUUCGGUAGUACGUAGAGGUGGUGUUGGUAGCUUUUGGCCUGGGGCUAUCUGUAGUGUUCAACGUUAUUCUGCACCUUUUGUUUAAUUUUAGACCUGCUAUGGUACUGUAAUUACAUGAGAUUGUGGUGUCACGUAUCUCAGAUAAUAUAAGAUUGCUUACUGUUGAUGAAAA